GGCCUGCGCAAUAGGAGUACGGUGCCUGGGAGGCGCUGCCAGAAGCGGAAGUAGUUGUGGGCACCUUUGCAACUGCCGCGGACGUGGUGGAGUGGUCUGUGUAGGUUCGCGGGUCGCUGUCGGGGGUCGAGAAAGGGGGCGCCGGCAUUCGAGAGAUGGAAGGGGAUGGUUCAGACCCAGAGCCUGCAGAUGCUGGGGAGGACAGCAAGUCGGAGAAUGGGGAGAAUGCACCCAUCUACUGCAUCUGCCGCAAACCAGACAUCAACUGCUUCAUGAUCGGGUGUGACAACUGCAAUGAGUGGUUCCAUGGGGACUGCAUCCGGAUCACUGAGAAGAUGGCCAAGGCCAUCCGGGAGUGGUACUGUCGAGAGUGCCAAGAGAAAGACCCCAAGCUGGAGAUCCGCUAUCGGCACAAGAAGUCACGGGAACGGGACAGUAAUGAGCGAGACGGCAGUGAGCCCCGGGAUGAGGGUGGAGGGCGCAAGAGGCCUGCCCCGGAUCCAGACCUGCAGCGCCGGGCGGGUUCAGGGACAGGGGUUGGGGCCAUACUUGCUCGGGGCUCAGCUUCGCCCCACAAAUCCUCUCCACAGCCCUUGGGGGCCACACCCAGCCAGCAUCACCACCAGCAGCAGCAGCAGCAACAGCAACAGCAGCAGCAGCAACAGCAGCAACAGCAGCAGCAGCAGCAGCAACAGCAGCAGCAGCAGAUCAAACGGUCAGCCCGCAUGUGUGGCGAGUGCGAGGCCUGCCGGCGCACUGAAGACUGUGGCCACUGUGACUUCUGCCGGGACAUGAAGAAGUUUGGGGGCCCCAACAAGAUCCGGCAGAAGUGCCGGCUGCGUCAGUGCCAGCUUCGGGCCCGGGAAUCGUACAAGUACUUCCCUUCCUCGCUCUCGCCAGUGACGCCCUCAGAAUCCCUGCCAAGGCCUCGCCGUCCACUGCCCACCCAGCAGCAGCCACAGCCAUCACAGAAGCUGGGACGCACCCGUGAGGAUGAGGGGGCAGUAGCAUCAUCAGCAGUUAAGGAGCCACCUGAGGCUACAGCCACACCUGAGCCACUCUCAGAUGAGGACCUGCCACUGGACCCUGACCUGUACCAGGACUUCUGUGCAGGGGCCUUUGAUGACCAUGGCCUGCCCUGGAUGAGCGACACAGAGGAGUCUCCUUUCCUGGACCCUGCGUUGCGGAAGAGGGCAGUGAAAGUGAAGCAUGUGAAGCGUCGAGAGAAGAAAUCUGAGAAGAAGAAGGAGGAGAGAUACAAGCGGCAUCGGCAGAAGCAGAAGCACAAGGACAAAUGGAAACACCCGGAACGUGCCGAUGUCAAGGAUCCUGCAUCGCUACCACAGUGCCUGGGACCUGGCUGUGUGCGCCCUGCCCAGCCAGGCUCCAAAUAUUGCUCAGACGACUGUGGCAUGAAACUGGCAGCCAACCGCAUCUAUGAGAUCCUCCCACAGCGCAUCCAGCAGUGGCAGCAGAGCCCCUGUAUUGCUGAGGAACAUGGCAAGAAGCUGCUCGAACGCAUUCGCCGUGAGCAGCAGAGCGCCCGCACCCGCCUUCAGGAAAUGGAGCGCCGAUUCCAUGAGCUCGAGUCCAUCAUUGCACGUGCCAAGCAGCAAGCUGUGCGUGAGGAUGAGGAGAGCAAUGAGGGUGACAGUGAUGACACGGACCUGCAGAUCUUCUGUGUCUCCUGCGGGCACCCAAUCAACCCACGUGUUGCCUUGCGCCAUAUGGAGCGCUGCUAUGCCAAGUAUGAAAGCCAGACGUCCUUUGGGUCCAUGUACCCCACACGCAUUGAAGGGGCCACACGACUCUUCUGUGAUGUCUACAAUCCUCAGAGCAAGACAUACUGUAAGCGACUCCAGGUGCUGUGCCCCGAGCACUCACGGGACCCCAAAGUGCCAGCGGACGAGGUAUGCGGGUGCCCCCUUGUACGUGAUGUCUUUGAGCUCACAGGGGACUUUUGCCGCCUCCCCAAGCGCCAGUGCAACCGCCAUUACUGCUGGGAGAAGUUGCGGCGUGCUGAAGUGGACCUGGAGCGCGUGCGCGUGUGGUACAAGCUGGACGAACUGUUUGAGCAGGAGCGCAAUGUACGCACAGCCAUGACAAACCGGGCAGGAUUAUUGGCUCUGAUGUUGCACCAAACAAUCCAGCAUGACCCACUCACUACCGACCUGCGCUCCAGUGCUGACCGCUGAGCCUCACUGGCCCAGAUGUACUCAGCCCCCCGCAUUCCAGGCGGGGAAGCUUCCUGAAAUCCCCCAUUUGUCUGUUUCUUCAAUGGUCCCUGAAUUUCUCCUUGUACCCAUCCACCAUUUGACGGCCCAUCUGCCCUUACCAGAAGGUCUCAGAAUUUUCUCUUCUUCUUGUCUAUCCCUCUGUAUUUUCCCUCUGCCUGGUUGGGACUGUGGAGACUGUUCACCCUUGCUUCCCCCUUCCCUGGUUUUGUUAAUAAAAUUUUGAAUCAAGAAGGUUAA